GUCCCGACUUGUCACAGAAGCUGGGAGGACAUAACCUGAACGGAGCGUGCAUUUGAUUUAAAUGAUUCUCAGUCCACGAUGAGAGCGCUGAGUUUACUGUGCGUAAUCGUGGGGCUGUGGGAGUACAGCCUGAGCAACAGAAACUGUCCCGACCUGAUCGUUGACAGCUGUCACUGCUCGGCUGAGAGAUCCAAGGAGCUGAGCAGGCAGCACGUCCGAGUCAAAGUUGUGUGUGAUGAUGUGGAUUUGAUGGACACCCUGCAGCCCAGCUUUCUGCCCAACAGAACUGUUUCCCUAAACCUGAGUAACAACAAGAUCUCCCUGCUGAGGAAUGGCUCCUUCUAUGGCUUGGCUGCCCUGGAAAAACUGGACCUGAAGAAUAAUUUGAUAAGCACAGUGGAGCCCGGGGCCUUCCGUGGUCUGCUGGCUCUGAGGAGACUGGACCUAUCCAACAACAGGAUUGGCUGUCUCUCCCCUGAAAUGUUCCUCGAUCUGGGCAACCUGUCAAAAUUGAAUUUAUCUGGGAACAUCUUUUCCACUCUGACCAUGGGACUUUUUACUCACCUCGUGGCUCUCAGAGUUCUGCACUUCCACACCGAGACUUUAUUCUGUGACUGUCAGCUGAAGUGGCUGCUCCUCUGGGCUCGAAGCAACUCGGUGAGGAUCGGGAACGACACGGUGUGUGUGUUCCCCACCCACCUCCACGGCCUGGAGUUUCGCAACCUACGUGAACAGCAGCUCAGAUGCGAUGGACCUCUGGAGAUGCCCCUCUUCCAGCUCAUUCCCUCCCAGAGACAACUGGUUUUUCGUGGAGACCGGCUCCCCCUGCAGUGCACCGCCUCCUACGUGGACCCGUCGGUGGAGCUGCGGUGGCGUCACAACGGCCACAUUGUGACCACACAGGAAGACCGGGGCGUUUAUGUGGAGGAAACCCUGCUUCACGACUGCUGCCUGCUGACCAGCGAAGUCAUCCUUUCCAACAUUGACGUGGCCAUCGCUGGCAUCUGGGAGUGCCUGGUGACCAGUUCCCGUGGCAACACUUCUCAGCAAAUGGAGAUAGUUGUUCUGGAGACGUCGGCGCCGUACUGCCCCACCGACAGAGUCACCAACAACAAGGGGGACUUCAGGUGGCCGAAGACUCUAGCUGGGAUUCUGGCCUUCCUGCCGUGUGCUCCUGCAACCUUUGGCUCUGCCCCCCACCCCUCUGGCAGUGCUCCUAACCCCUCCAGCCAGAGGGAGAAGAAGGCGUGGCGGCGCUGCGACCGGGCUGGGCGGUGGGCCGAAGAGGACUACACCCAGUGCCCUUACGCCAGCGAACUAACCCGCGUGCUGCACGAGCUCACCCAGAUAACUAUUAAUACCACCAACGCUCAGCCUUUGGGCCAGCAGUUAGUGGCUUUCACCAGCAGGGCGGCACACUUCACCGAUGUCAUGGACGUCAUCUUUGUCACACACCUGGUGGAGAGACUGACAAGGCUGGUGGACAAACGCAGAGAUCUGGGAGACUAUAUAUCAGAGAUAGCCAGUAACAUGAUGCUAGUGGAGGAGCACAUCCUCUGGAUGGCCCAGAACGAGGCCAGGGCGUGCACUCGGAUCGUCCAGUGUGUGGAGCGUGUUGCUGACCUGGCUCUGACCGGAGACAAUCAGGUCAUUUCUAAGGUAUCUGCUAACAUAGCUCUGGAGGCCUUUCUGAUCCGGCCGUCUAACUUUCUCGGUCUGUCCUGCACGGCGCUCGAACGGCCCCCCUCGUCUGCGCCUUUCCCCCUUCCUGACAGCCACUCCCACACUGACAAGGGCAUGAGCAGAGAGCGUGAUGCUGUGGGGGAAUCGUUGCUCAACUUCAAAUGCCACACUGUCAACAACAGCGGCUCACCGGCCAGUCAGCUCAGCAAGAACUCAGUGGCAGUCGCCUCAAUCCAUUUACCGCUGGCUGGUACGCCUAUCUCCUCCUCUGCGUUGCAAUCUGUUGAUAACUCCACUUGCAAGCUGCAGUUUAUUGUGUUUCGCAAUGGAAAACUCUUCCCUUGCACGGGGAAUUCGUCAAAUCUCGCAGAUGAUGGGAAGCGUAGGAGCGUUUCAACACCAGUUGCUUUCACCAAAUUAGAUGGGUGCAGCCUCGGGAGCGCCGUGCACUCCGUUACUAUUGCUCUCAGGCACUUCGCACUGGGUGUAGACCCCACCGCAGCCUAUUGGGAUUUUGACCUGCUGGAUGGACACGGUGGCUGGAGGGCAGAGGGCUGCCACAUAACAGGCUCCGGGGGCAACACGACCACUAUUCAUUGCACCCAUCACAAUAACUUUGCUGUGCUAAUGGAUCUGAAGAAGGUGCUGUCUUUCCCCCCAUACCCUGGGGAGUUUUUGCACCCGGUCGUGUAUGCCUGCACGGCGGUCAUGUUGCUCUGCCUCUUCGCCUCCAUCAUCACGUACAUAGUGCACCACAGCGCAAUCCGCAUCAGUCGGAAGGGAUGGCAUAUGCUUCUCAACUUCUGUUUCCACACGGCUCUGACCUUCGCUGUGUUUGCCGGCGGCAUCAAUCGAAUCAAAUACCCCAUCAUCUGUCAAGCAGUCGGGGUCGUGCUGCACUACUCGUCUCUGUCGACCAUGCUGUGGCUCGGGGUGACAGCGAGGAACAUUUAUAAACAGGUGACCAAGAAGCCUCCGCAGAGCCAAGACGGUGACCCGCCUCCGCCCCCUAAACAGCCCCUGUUGAGAUUUUAUUUAGUCAGUGGUGGAGUGCCCCUCAUCAUCUGCGGGGUCACGGCAGCCGUCAAUAUAGACAACUAUGGCAGCGGGGAGCAAGCACCGUACUGCUGGAUGGCAUGGGAGCCCAGCCUGGGAGCCUUCUUUGGCCCCGUGGCCUUCAUCGUCCUGGUGACAUGCAUCUACUUCCUCUGUACCUUUAUCCAGCUGCGGCGACAUCCGGAAAAGAAGUAUGAGCUCAAGCAGCUGACAGAGGAGCAGCAGAGGCUGGCUGCCGUCGAUGUGCCGACCCACUGUCACCAGGGAGCCGAGCCUGGAGCCCUGACGGCUCCACCCAGCGGGAGCUCCUGCCCCGCUGGCUGCCCAGGCGUUCCCAUCAACCCCGCGCUGCUGGCCAAUGAGCACUCCUUCAAAGCUCAGUUAAGAACAGCGGCCUUCACCCUUUUCCUGUUCCUGGCCACCUGGACUUUCGGCGCACUGGCCGUGUCACAGGGCCAUUUUCUGGAUAUGAUCUUCAGCUGCCUCUACGGUGCCUUCUCUGUCACCCUUGGCCUCUUCAUCCUCAUCCAUCACUGUGCCAAGCGUGAUGAUGUCUGGCAUUGUUGGUGUUCUUGUUGUCCUGGACGACGUGCCAACGCCUGCUCUGGUGCCCAUGGGCCUGCUCAAGCACGGCCUAAGGUCAACGUGAAUGGAGAUACCCCCGGGCAUGGCCAUGGUCACAGCCACUGCCACCAUGACUCACCGUGUCAGGGUAAAGCUCUGAUGAGCUGCGGUCAUGGCAGUUUAGGUCACUGUAAACAUGCCGCCCUUCCAUCCUCGCAAAAUCAUGUGACUUGCCUGGCACCGGUGACGCCAUGCUGCGCUGCCCUGCAUAGCCAGCAGCUGAUGGAAGAGGAGCCUGCGGCAACUCACGUUCUGCUACACGCUGACCCUGAGGGUUACAGGCCGGGGAUCCAGUUGCACCCCUGCCUAAAGAGCAGCACCAGGACUAAAGGCCGUCAUUUCAGCCGCCGGUCCGGGUCCGGCGCUUGUGGAGCGGGGAGUGAGAGGGAGUACGCCUAUCACAUCCCCUCCAGCGUGGAUGGAGGCAGCGUGCACAGCUCACACACUGAUAGCCCCCACAGCACACAUGAGCGUCACACCCACAUCUGUCCACAUCUGGCCCACGAAGGCCACCAUGAUGGGCAUCACACAUGCCACGCCGCUGCAGCCACCACGCACGAGGCCCUGGCAUGCCAUAAUCCUUGCCACAGGCAUAUCUGCUGCGCCAAGGCAGACCUUCUCCCUUCUCUGUGCCCAGCAGAGGCGGGUGACACAGGCGUUUUCCUGUGUGGCUGCGGCAAAGUGGCCGAGGAGGACCCAAUGGCAACACAUCACCAUCUGGAGAUGCACGCCCCGCGCAGACAAUCCUACCCUCAGAACCCGCCCAAUCAGAAUGGGAUUCUAAAAGGGGGCCUGCAUGAAGGACUCCUGUACACCUCGGACAGCACAGGGAAUAUACGCACUGGACCCUGGAAGAAUGAAACUACUGUGUAGUGUGGGAAGGGAAAA